GUACCUUCUAUAGACUACUAUAUACCUAUUUUCAAACACACACACACACACACAAACACAGUGAGUCUAAAGUGUAGGAUGUCUCUUUGACUUGGACUCCACACGCUUGCACGCAGUAACUCUCAUCAAUAAUACCAUCACUUUCACACACUUCACACACUCUAUUUCUCUCUCACUCUCCAAUUUUCUUGAUUUUUCAGACAAGCUAACUAAUUUUUAUAAUUUCAUUCUUACCAUAUAGUUUAUAGUUUGUACACACAUUUUAAUUUCACUUAGUAUAUACACCUCAACGAACUUGUGCUAGCUAUAAGUUUCUUGAUUUCUGUGUUUAGUGUUUACGGCCACCACCGGCCGAUGGGCGCCUCCCACCGCCACCAACACCACCGCCGCCGCCGCCAAUCAACGCUCUCCUUUGCCACCGUCACCACCGUAGCUUUCCUCCUCCUCGCAUCGGUCUCUGCUACUCUUGCCUUCAACCCAACUCGCCAAUUCAGUAAUUAUAAUGGAGUGAGAAAGAUGAGGGAGGAAGAGUCGGCGGAGCGAGUGACGACACGGCGGCGACUCGGAGGGCCAGGGUCGUGGCCGCCGACAUGCAGAUCGAAGUGCGGGUGGUGCGCGCCGUGUAAACCGGUCCACGUAGCGAUUCAACCCGGUUUGAGUAUGCCAUUGGAGUAUUACCCGGAGGCUUGGAGAUGCAAGUGUGGAAAUAAGCUGUUCAUGCCGUAGAAAAUAAAAUAAAUAAAAAAUAAAAUAAAUAAAUAAUUUCAUGAUCAGUCAAAAUGGCAAAAUCCAUGUA